AAUUACUUUUCGUUCGUCAAACACAAGUACAUCACCAUGGGUCGCAUGCAUUCCGCCGGCAAGGGCAUGAGCAAGUCCGCUCGCCCCUACAAGCGCACGCCGCCGUCGUGGCUUAAGGUCACGGCCGAGGACGUCGAGGACCACGUGUGCAAGUUCGCCAAGAAGGGUCUCUCGCCCUCGCAGAUCGGCGUGAUCCUCCGUGACUCGCACGGCAUUGCCCAGGUCAAGUCGAUCACGGGCUCGAAGGUGCUCCGCAUCCUCAAGAAGAACGGUCUUGCCCCUGGCCUCCCGGAGGACUUGUACCAGCUCAUCAAGAAGGCUGUCGCUGUCCGCAAGCACCUUGAGCGCAACCGCCAGGACAAGGACUCCAAGUUCCGCCUUAUUUUGAUCGAGUCGCGCAUCCACCGCCUCGCUCGCUACUACCGCACGAACCGCAAGCUUUCGCCCAACUGGAAGUACGAAUCCGCCACGGCCUCGACGCUCGUCGCCUAAGCGCUUUCGCUCUCUCUACCUCCCGGUGAUAUUGCGAACGAGCUAAUAUCGGUCAAAUACAACUGAUGUUACCAUAUAUA